AUGGCCUUUUCUCAAUGCUUUGAGCGUCGAGUACCUCGGGAUUCUGGUCUUCUGCCACCAGCGUUCAUGACUGAAGAACAACAAGCAUAUCGGGUUAUGGCCAAACUUCGGCAGCAACCUGACAACCUAGCUAAGUACAUCCAAUUAGACGCAUUACAAGAUCGAACCGAGAAGCUCUUCUAUCGAGUACUUUGUGAUAACAUCAAAGAACUAAUGCCAAUCGUCUAUACACCGACGGUUGGUUUGGCGUGUCAGAAAUUCGGUUUUAUCUACAGAAAUCCGAAAGGUCUUUAUGUGACCGUGAACGACAACAGCAUCAGCAAAAUUUAUCAAAUUAUUGAGCAAUUGGCCGACUAG